GCUGAAAGCAUGUUUUAGGCCGGCCAGACCUUCUCAGUUCUCAACCUUCCAAGUUCUCAAGUCGACGGCCAACCCGUCGGAAGUUGGAUCUUGCUUUUGGAUGAAUUGGAUUUAAUGGAAAGAAUGAAUGCUGUAUUUUUCACCUUUCAUCUGGUCAUUUUAGUUGGAACGGCCUGGGCCUCCACUGAUGAAACUAGACUGGUAAAAACCCUUUUCACUGGUUACAACAAGGCCGUCCGUCCUGUCAGUCACUUCAAGGAUCCGGUGGUUGUGACCGUGGGCCUUCAGCUCAUCCAGCUCAUCAGUGUGGAUGAGGUCAACCAGAUUGUCAGCAGCAACGUACGACUGAAGCAGCAAUGGAAGGACGUGAACCUGCAGUGGAACCCAGACGAUUAUGGUGGCAUCAAAAAGAUCAGAGUUCCCUCUGGUGACAUUUGGCGUCCUGAUCUGGUUCUCUACAACAAUGCUGACGGCGACUUCGCCAUCGUUCACGAGACCAAAGUGCUGCUGGAGCACACGGGGCUGAUCACGUGGAACCCGCCCGCCAUCUUCAAGAGCUACUGUGAAAUCAUAGUGCUGCAUUUCCCCUUUGACCUCCAGAACUGCAGCAUGAAGCUCGGCACUUGGACGUAUGACGGGAAGCUGGUUGUCAUCAACCCAGACAGCGAUCGCCCCGAUCUGAGUCACUUCAUGGAGAGUGGCGAGUGGGUGAUGAAAGACUUCCGUGGCUGGAAGCACUGGGUGUACUACGCCUGCUGCCCGGACACCCCCUACCUGGACAUCACCUACCACUUCCUCAUGCUGCGGCUCCCGCUCUACUUCAUCGUCAACGUCAUCAUUCCCUGCAUGCUCUUCUCCUUCCUGACCGGCCUGGUCUUCUACCUUCCCACAGACUCCGGUGAGAAGAUGACUCUGAGCAUCUCCGUCUUGCUGUCCCUGACUGUGUUCCUGCUGGUCAUCGUGGAGCUGAUCCCCUCCACCUCCAGUGCUGUGCCCCUCAUAGGGAAGUACAUGCUCUUCACCAUGGUGUUCGUCAUCGCCUCCAUCAUCAUCACAGUCAUCGUCAUCAACACCCACCACCGCUCCCCCAGCACCCACACCAUGCCCGAGUGGGUCCGCAAGGUUUUUAUUGAAACCAUUCCCAACAUCAUGUUCUUCUCAACAAUGAAACGUCCGGGAAAAGAAAAGCAGACCAAAAACAUCUACGGUGCCGACUUCGACAUCUCAGAUAUCUCUGGAAACCAGACUUCUGCCAUUCCUUACCAGUCACCGAUGACCAAGAAUCCCGAUGUCCGCAGCGCCAUCGAAGGAGUCAAGUACAUCGCAGAAACUAUGAAAUCGGACGAAGAAUCCAACAAUGCCGCUGAAGAGUGGAAGUUUGUGGCCAUGGUGCUGGAUCACAUCCUCCUCUGUGUCUUCAUGGCUGUGUGUCUAAUUGGGACAUUAGGCGUGUUUGCAGGCCGUCUUAUUGAGCUAAGCAUGCUUUAAAAAGCUACAAUAUUGACUGGUUUGACUGGUGUUUCUUGUUCAGUUUUUGGUUUUGAGGUUAUUGGACAGGCUCUGCAGCAUUUACAAUCAUCAAACCAUCUCUGCUUGUUUGCUUUUUUAACUGGAUGAUUUUUUUUUUUUCUGUUUCUUUUGCGUAUAGGUUUAUCUUUAUGAAAAUGUUUGGUGUUGUGUGUGCUGCAUAUUUUUGAAGCAGUUAUAUUUUCUGUGGUUGGAUGCAGAAACAUCUGUGGGAUCAAGAUAUUUUAUCAAGUCAAUAGAAAUAUGCCGUUUAGAUAAUACUGUGCAAGUUUAUUUUACAUGUCUGUAGGGCACAAGUACUCAGUUACUGAUUUGACUUAAGUUCAGUCUUAAGUGAGUAGAAAACCUUCUGAUCUCUGAAGUCGCAUGUAAGUCACGCAAACUGAGCACUUAUGUAGCGGGCUGUCAUAUGUUGUUAAACAUUGUUGUGUAAGAGAAUGUGUCAGCGAUUCUUCAAGCAGCUGACAGGUACCACAACCACCUUCUUUAGAUCUCAGUUAUGAGAAGAGUCAUUAAAAUUAUAGCAGAACAGAUGUACUUUUUACUGGGCGGCAGAAACGCUGAUGGUUGGUACUGACACUCAUCAUAUAGGCCGAACUCUAAUCAGCGCAGCUUCAGUUAUGUACAGGGUGGGGCAGCUUUUGUUGUCUCACUCAACAAAAAAUGCCCCAACUGCUAUCAACUGCAAACUUACCGGUCUGCUCUGUAACUCACCUGAAAAAACAAAAGAAACAGUUAUUUCUGUAGAAAUUAUAAGUCUUUACUUUUGUUCCUCUUUUUGUCUCCCACCCUGAACACAUUCUGAUUUUUGUGUUAUUGUUGUUGGGUUUUUUUUGGGAGGGCUAACAUUUGUAUCAGAGUUCCAGCGACACAGGAAUCCAUAUGAAAAUAGUUACAUCAACUUUCUGCUUGUACUUUUAAUUAUUUUGUUUGUUUUUCUUUUAUGGCUCUCACAGCACCAUUACAAUUUAUAUUAUGUUCUGCCCCCCAUGUAAACUCAUUUGGAAUUCAAAUACAUAAGCAAAUACCCCACAGGUUGUGCUUCAUCUUCCUGUUUGCCUGUUUGAUCUGGUUACAGUGUGAAAACAGGUUUUGAUUAAUAUUGGCCAAAAUGUACCUCUGAUACAGAAAACAGUUUAUGCAAUAAUAUUGUUUUAUAGAGUGAUUAAGGUGAAU